AUGCCUUCAUCCAAGGGAAAACCCACUGACCCUGAGCUGCGAGAGGAGUUGAAGGAAGAGAUUAAGCAAGAGCCCAACAAAAGUGGCGGAGGCGAAGGCCAGUGGUCAGCAUGGAAAGGUUCGAAGCUCGCAAAAGAAUACGAAAAGCAAGGCGGUGAUUAUGAGAAUGAAGCUGGAUCUAAGAAUGAACCUAAGAAGGGCGAGCCGCAGCACAAGAGUGAAGGGAAGAAGAGUCGAGAGCUUGAAGAGGAAUGA